AUGCGCUCAGUUUACGUGUCUAAAGUAUGGCUACGUCCGCCUCUGGUAGGCCCACUGCGCACCUUAUUUAAAGAAGAAAGCCCUUCUCCGUCUCAGCCGCCGCCGCGUUGCAUUUCAUUCGUCUUUUGGUGCGCACACGGCACGGCUGAUUUCCAGCGUGGUAAGAUACUUAAUCCAUUUGCUAGAUCUCUGCAGGCAAUGGGCAAAUCCAGGAAACGUCGACACGACUCCCCGAAUUACAUCUCCCGGCAGGCGUUAUUGGAACGGCUGGAACAACUUGAACGGACAAUUACGGGCGCCCAGCGCGGGAGCUCGCGCUCUUAUUCGCGCUCGCCCCAGUCCUCCCGUACUCCAUCCCGUCACCGAGACUGUCUUUCUCCGAGCAGAAAGAAGUCUCGUAGGGAAAGACGCAGUACCGAACGGCGUUUUCCAAGCCGACGUGAAGGUCGCAGCCCGAGCGCUGUGACUUCACACCACAGCCGGGAUCGUGUUUCGCACGACACGGCGGCGGCUACGGCUGCUGAGUCACCCACCAGCGGCGGCGUUAUCUCCGAGACCGACGAGAACGAAAUUGCACCCAACCAGCCGAACUUAUCGCCUCCACUAGUUAUACACAAUGACGUCGUUCUUUCAGACGACACCUUGAAAAUUUUGGACGACGACCCCUCUGACAAAAAAGGGGCUCGUUUUAGUUUACAUCCCGCUUUGUCUAGUCGCUGGGCCCACAUUACAACACAUGGUCUCCCCAACGACGAGCUGUGCCUCAUACAGCAGCGCCAGGCACUCCCUCAUGAGGCCGAAUUUUUGCAGCCUCCACAGGCAAACCCCGAGGUUAAAUCCAUAAUGCCACCCACAUAUUGCACCCGGGAUGCUUCCCACGCCAGUUACCAGUCGCAACUGGGCGUAGGGCUAGCAGCUCUCGGUCAGGCAAUGAAUAGUCUGCUGGAGCACCAAAGCGCCAAUCAAGAAGUACUGGCCCAUCUUGCAGAUGCGGGACGUAUGUUGUGCAAUUUGUUUCACCAGGUUUCCACAACCAGACGCACUCUGCUCUACCCGCUGCUGAACAAACAGAGCAAGAGUUUGGCGGAACAAACCCAGCCCGGUUCGCUUCUCUUCGGGCCCGAUUUUGGGGACCAAAUAAAGUCUGUGAAGUCUUUGGAAAGAGCUGCCAAAGACAUCCGGCCUUCUUACCAAGGCCAUAAUAAACCAACCCCAAAAAGAAGAGGGGGGGGAGUAGGUAAACAGCCAAGCCGCAAUUUAAACCGAGCUCGCCCGUCCACCUACGCGAGGGGGGAGGAGCAAUUCAAAGGGCAGACCUCGCGGAAGAGCGACCCCACAAAAUACCAAAUCCCCUUUAGAGCGAAACCCAGUCAGGCGGUUCAACCGACUGUCCCCAAGUGGUCGAACGCAGAAUUCAGACAAUUGAAGGCGGCGGUAGCAGACCUGCUGCGCUCAGGGGCAAUCGUUAAAUGCACACCUCGUCCAGACCAAUUUAUUUCGCCCUUUUUUCUCGCCAGUAAACCAAAUGGUAAAAAGCGGUUUAUACUAAACUUAAAACGCCUGAACAGUUACCUUGCACCUGACCAUUUUCAAAUGGAAGAUUACAGAACUGUUAUUCGUUUAAUAAGGUCCGGAACUUACAUGACGUGUAUAGAUCUAAAGGACGCUUAUUUCCUAAUCUCCAUCACCAGUCGCCAUCGACGGUUCUUGCGAUUUCUUUUUAAUGACCAGCUGUACGAAUUUACUUGUAUGCCGUUCGGCUUAUCGGUGGCCCCCCUUUGCUUUACAAAAAUCAUGAAACCAGUAGUCUCAGCGUUACGCUCUUCGGGCGUCCUCUGUGUCAAUUACUUGGACGAUUUCAUGAUUUUAAGCGAUUCUUUCACAGAAUGUACCAGGCAAACCACUCGUACAGCUAACCUACUGAACUCGUUAGGGUUUAUAAUCAACCGGGAGAAAAGCAACCUACACCCCAACACAUACUGUCGUUAUUUAGGGUUUUGCUUCAAUAGCCUAAGUCUAAAACUCGAAUUGCCGGUGGAUAAAAAACACAACAUCAGAAAAUGGGCACUAUAUUUCCAAGAUAAACCAGGUUGCAAAAUUCGAUUAUUUGCUAAAUUCAUCGGUAUCUUAGUAGCGGCUUGUCCAGCUGUCGAGUAUGGUUGGCUGUAUACCAAAUCCUUCGAACGCCACAAAUUCCUCGCUCUAUUGGCAAACAACGGUAAUUAUGAGGCGAUGAUGGUCUUACCGCAAAGUUUAAACGAGGAUCUACUAUGGUGGGAGAGAAACAUUUCCUCUGCCUCAAACAGCCUGGAACAGGGACCCUUUGCUGUGGAAAUUUUUACCGAUGCGUCCUUGACUGGCUGGGGCGCCUAUUGCAACAAAGAAAAAACGCAUGGCUACUGGUCGGCUGCGGAUCGCUCCCACCACAUUAAUUAUUUGGAACUGCAGGCGAUAUUUUAUGGCUUAAAAUCGUUUGCUAAAACUCGCUCCAAAUGUAGAAUCUUAAUUAGGUGCGAUAACACAACCGCAAUUUCCUACAUUAACAGAAUGGGGAGCAUUCAACAUCCACAACUGAAUGCCCUAACUAGAGACAUAUGGCAGUGGUGCGAAUCACGGCAAUUACACUUAUUUGCUUCUUAUAUCAGCUCGCAGAAUAACUUCGAAGCAGAUCGAGAGUCUCGUCAGCUACCACUCGACACAGAGUGGACUCUUUCAGACUCUGCUUUUAGUCGCAUCGUAUCCACAUUUGGCUCCCCGACGAUUGAUUUAUUCGCAUCCAAAUUAAAUCAUAAAUGCAGGCGAUACGUCUCUUGGCUGAGGGAUCCAGACUCGGUAGCAGUGGAUGCCUUUACACUUAGUUGGAGCGACCUCUAUUUUUACGCCUUUCCUCCGUUUAACCUAAUUCUGCGAACACUCAACAAAAUCGUCCACGACAAUGCUGUUGGUAUUCUGGUGGUUCCAUGGUGGCCAACUCAACCAUGGUUCCCACUUUUUGUACAAUUGUUGGUGCAAGACACCAUAACUUUCGAACCUGACCCAAACUUAUUGCUAUCUCCAUUUAGGGAGCACCAUCCACUAGCCAAGACCCUUACCCUGGCUGCCGGACUAUUAUCGGGGAAGCGUACCGCAGGAAAAACCUCCCUUCCAAAGCCAUCUCUAUAA